CCGGCGAAAGACAUUUAUUUUAACCUUAGCCGUAAUAAAAUGUUGAAGAUAAACCAGCGAUUACUACUAAGGCAGUUUCUUCGCCACUCCCACAACCAGGUGCGUGUCCGUUUUGCUCCAAGCCCCACGGGUUACCUGCAUCUGGGUGGAUUACGCACAGCCCUCUACAAUUUCCUGUAUGCCCGGCAUUUGGGAGGAAAAUUCUUGCUCCGGAUUGAGGAUACGGAUCAAACGCGACUGGUUCCGGGUGCCAGUGAACGGCUGGUCGAGGACCUUCUCUGGGCGGGAAUAGAAAUUGACGAGGGACCUGGUUUUGGCGGGAACCUGGGACCCUACGUUCAAAGUCACCGGACGCAGAUUUACAGCCAAGCCAUCGAAAAACUUCUCGAAAAUGGCACGGCCUAUAGGUGUUUUUGCACCGAACGUCGUCUGGAUUUAUUGCGUAAGGAGGCGUUGAGAAUUCGGCAAGUUCCACGAUAUGAUAACAAGUGCCGGAAUCUCACGGCAGCGGAAAUUGAUUCUCUCUUGGCCAAAGAAACUCCCCACUGCAUCCGAUUCAAGUUGACGGAGCACGAAGAACCACUAGAGGAUCUUAUUUACGGCAAAGUUCACCACAAUGUCAGCGAUAACGAAGGAGAUCCAGUGGUUAUGAAGAGCGAUCAAUUCCCCACAUAUCACUUUGCCAACGUGGUGGACGACCAUCUAAUGGGUAUCACCCAUGUCUUGAGGGGAGUGGAGUGGCAGAUAUCCACUACCAAGCAUUUACUACUCUACAAAGCGUUUGGUUGGCAACCACCUAAAUUCGGUCAUCUGCCACUUCUCGUUAAUGCAGAUGGCACCAAGCUGAGCAAACGCCAAGGAGACAUUGGCAUCCAGUAUUUCCGGCAGCGGGGAUACUUUCCUCAAGCUUUAGUUAACUAUGUGGUCUCUGCGGGAGGUGGAUUCGAGCAUAAGGCCAACGCCAAGCAGCAGUUGCUGAGUAUGCAGGAACUAUCUGAGCAGUUCCAUAUAGAGCGAGUUAACUCUCAUCCCAGUCGCCUGAAUCCUGAACAGCUAGAUGAUCUCAAUCGCCUGGAGAUUGCACAGCGAUUGUCGGGGGUGGAAAGCCGUUUGAAAUUGGUUAAUCAAGUCCAUGAGCUGGUGAAAAAAGCAUACCCACAGCACUCCAACUUAGAUCUAGCUGAAGGUCACAUAGUGGAUGUAUUAAAUUGGUCCUCACGGCGAUUAACAUUGCUCCAAGAUUUGACCAGCAGCAAAUUGAGUUUUCUUUGGGUCAAGCCCUCGAAUUUUCAAUUAACAGACCUGACAUCAGAGCAAUUAAUUGGGCUGCUUAAUGUACUCCAAACAGACCAAGACUUUAACAAGGACGGGCUCAAUAUUAAGUUAAAAACCUUUGCUCAAGGAGAAAACAUUAAAUUCCCACUAAUGAUGAAGUCCUUGAGAGCAGCUUUGAGCGGUUUAAAUGAAGGACCUGGCGUGGCGGAAAUGAUGGAAAUCCUUGGAAAAUCAGUCACCCUUGAACGAAUCAGAGAAGCUGUACCGAAAGAAUCGCUUCAAAACAAAAAAUUCGGUUAAGUUUGGUUACUUACAUAUGUAUAUAAAUUAGUUACCAUUUGUAUAUAUUACUAUGUUUUUCAUUGUCAAUAAGAUCAGUAAAUAGACACCAUAAUAGGAGU